AUGGCCGGCUUCGCUAAACUUACCCCAGCUUUCACAGCUAAAAUCCCAAUCGACCCACCGAAUGCCAUUGGCGUCCUAUCCACCGGCAACCAUUUGACUCAUGUCUCCUUCGUAGCCGGCCAGGAAGCGCUCGCCUCCGAGCCGGGCUACCCCACCGCCCUCAAGGGGACCUGGGUCCACGGCUCAGACUACAUCAAGACCGAUGCCGACGGCAAGUACUCGCGCCUCGAGGUCGACAGCCUCGUCAAGGACACGAGGACCGGCGGGCUGGUGCGGUACAGGUACACCGGCGUCGUCGAUAUGGCGGGCGCUGCCGGCAAGGUCCUCAGGGGUGAUGCGGAUGCAGCUACGACUGAUUUCGGUGAAAUUUAUACGCAUGUCAAAUUCGAGACGGGUCAUGCAGAGCUUAAGGAUCUGGAGAACAAGGUCUUCGUCGGCUCUGGGCGCUUCAUCUUGGAGGCAGGGAAGCCUGUCACCGUCGAGUACAAGAUCAGCCAGGUUUCGAUUUGA